GUGCUGUUCCAAUUUUCUACUCGAUCAUAUUGGCAACACAAGUUUUUUUCCUUCUGCAAAUCUCUCUCUCACUCUCACAGUUCUUGCCUUCUGCAAAUCUUUCUUUGCUUGUGAAUUAUGGCAACGACUAUCAUUGGCGCGAUACUAAGCCCCAUAGUAGGAUGGAUUAUCAAUCCUAUCGCAACUAAGUUUCAGGUCUGGCGGAACCUUAGCGAGAACAUCGAAGAGCUAGAAAACACAAGAAUGAAGCUAGAUGCCAGGAGAAGUGACAAAGAAAGAGAAGUAGAAGAAGAAAUGAACCAAGAAGGUGUAGUAAAAUCAGCAGGGGCAGUUCUCUGGUUCAGUGAAGUCGAUGAUGCUCUAUCCAACGCCAACAACCUAGGAAACGAGUACCAACAGAGUCAGAUCUCUGGUACUUCAUGUCCUAACUGCUUCUGCCGGUCACGCUAUCAGCUAGAAAACACAAGAAUGAAGGAUUCGGCUUGAGAAAUCGCGAAGAUGACGAUGAUCUGAAAGAACAACUGUCUCGCCUUUUCGAAACAAGAAAGUAUCUAUUGAUAUUAGACGACAUGUGGGAGCCUGUUAUUAAUGUUGAUGAAAUCUGCAUUCCGGCACCAAAGAAGGAGCACGGCUGCAAAAUAUUAUUGGCAGCUCGAUCGAGAGAAGUGGUUACAAGGUUUGUGAUCCGCUUUGGAGCGAGAGAUUCUCUUCGAUCGAUUCGAGUGAACAAACUCCAACCAGAUGAAGCGUGGAAUCUUUUUGUUCAAAAAGUCGGUGAGGAUAUUACUUCGAAAUCAUCAAUAGUAUUCCUUGCGAAGGAAGUUCUUAGAAAGUGUGGUGGAUUGCCUCUGGCCAUCGUUGUUAUUGGUGGCACAAUGUCAACACGAAAAACAGAGGGAGAAUGGAAAGAUGCUCUACGUGAAUUGGAGCAGUCAGCUUCAAAUCUCGAAGGUAUGAAAGAAGAAGUAUUUUCAAUACUGAUGUUUAGUUUUGAAAAACUGAAACCAAUUGAACAAUCCCUCUUCCUGAACUGUUGUCUAUUUCCUGAGGAUUACCAAAUUAGCAAAGAGGAAUUGGUUGAUUUUGCCAUCGGUGAAGAAACUCUGUCUGGGAUGCAUCGGCUACAAGAUAAUAGAAAUAAAGUAGAUGUUUUGGUUGCAAAGCUUCAAAAUUCAUCCAUGCUUGAGGACAGUGACUACUUUGAUGCAUUUAAAAUGCACGAUAUGAUGCGUGAAUUGGCUGUGUGGAUCACAUAUACAUCGAACAAUAAGUACCUCUCCAUGAGGAUUUGGAAAUCAAUGCAUUUCCAAGUUUGAAGGAAAUGCGACUAUGUGAGCUACCAGAAUUGACAGACAUAUGCCAUCUCUCUCUGAAGCGCUUGUUUAUCUUUGUUCUAAGUUAAGGAGACCCCCGUUUGGAGCCAAACAUGCAGAUAUAUUAUUAAAUGAUGAAAUGGACAGCCAGAUGACAAAGGACUAUCUAUGGGCGAAAAAAUGGGGUAAAGAUAAGAGGGAGGAGUCAUUCUAUAGGAUUGUGGUGAUGAGAAAGAUGAACAUUUAUAGGUAAUUAUAUUUGUCUCUUUUGCUUCAGCUAUUGCUAAAUUUGUGAAGCUUCAAAUAUCAUCCCUAAAUGUGUGAAGUUUCAGGUCCUGUUGUGAACUUUGAUUUCCUAAUAUGGGGGGAAGAAUUAUCAAAGGAGGAAGAGGCUGCUGUGAUAGUUGUGGUUUCUCUUGCAUCUGCGGCCUUUGUGGUUGUUCUGUAGCUUCCAGAGGAUUAAAAUAUGCAUUAUAAGAAUUUAAUGCAACUGCUAUUGAUCUUUACUUAAUUCUAUGAACAUUCAAUUAGCUUUUGCGGUUUCUUAUUUUUAUUUGGUCAAUAGGAUGAUACGAGAAGUGCAUUUAAUUGU